AUGGCAUCGCCCUCCACUCCACCAUCUUCUGAUCCCACUCUGGAACACUCCAUCCAACACCAUGUCUAUUCCGGCUUACCCCAUCCCCAGUCCGUCGCCGAUACACGCCUCAAGACCCUUCGUCGCCUGCUCAAAGGCUACAGCUCCCUCUCUGCACCUACUCUCCUUCAACCCCUCAGUCCGAAUUUCACUCACGAGGUUCUUCCCCAAUCCUUGGGCAUGCCAGUGAGGGGCAAGGAGGACUUUGCGCACCAUGCCGCCAUGGUUUUCUCAGCAUUCCAGAGCCUUGAGAUGAAGCCUACAGAGCUGUGGGAGGAUCCGGACAGAGGGGGGGUGAUAUUGAGGUGCGCAAUGGAAGGGAUCUUGAAGACCCAGGAGAAGCCUGAAGGCGAGAAGGGGGAGGGCAAGGCUGAAGAGGGUGGGAAAGUCGGGAUGGAGGCCAAAGAAGAGGUCACUCCCCAAGUGGAUAUGGAAGACGUGUACAACCCUGAUGGACACCUAAGUAAUAUCUUGGGAGACCUAGCAGAGUCACCCGAAAUUCCAGAGACACUCCUGAGUCCCAUCACCGAAGUCACCGAACCCGGUUCAGAAAUCCCUCCUCUUUCCUCUCUCAGUCUCUCCAACCCAUCGACAUUUUCUUGCCACGAAGAAGAACAAGAACCAACGUUGUCUUCACCCCCAACAUCAUUAGAAGAUGCACACCCUUCACCCCCAUCACCAACACCACCAAUCCUAGAAGAGCCGUCAUUUCAAUCUCAACAAGACAAAUCCACAGAUAAAGAGACAAUCCACUGGAACAACGAAUGCCUCCUCAUCAUCUCCUUCACCCCCUGCGGCUCGCAAAUCUCCAAAAUCCAAGAAUUCGUCGACUCCGCCAAAGCAGUCGAGAUGAAGAAGAAACAUGCGCCCAAAGGCUUCGACGAGGCUUCAGCACCUCCCCCACCCACUUACAAACCCGCCACAUACCUCGACCUCGACACCCUCAAACUCAAAGACGGAGGAGGUGGAUGUCGCGGGUCCGGAGUUCAUCACCAUCACCAUCAUCACAUGCCUCACAUGCGGCACUCAUCAGUGACUGUCACUGAACUUCCCCCGUCGCCGGUACAGAGUCUGGACUCCUCGGAGGGGGGAAAUCGGGGGGGUUCGCCAAGUAAAGUAAUGGGUUGUGAGACCUUGCAUACACUCAGACAUGGACAUCAAUUGGGGAUGGACAGGCCAGUUCAAUAUCCCAUGCCCAUGAACGGUCUAAACAGUCUAGACACGUCCGACACAUUCAGUACUACGACCGAGUACCCUUCUUCCAACCAAAACUCGCCGCUAAGGUGUCUGGUUGAUCGGUCGGCUGAGACUUCAGGUCCUCCAUCUACCAGUGAUGCAGAUGCGGAAGAAGCAGAUUGUACACCGAAAUGGAAGAAAUUGCGAUUCGCUACUACCAAAAGCACAAGCCCAGCCAAGGGACCCGAAGCUUUUAAUUCUGGUUCUGGUUCUGGUUCUGGUUCUGGGCAUGUUCAUGUCUCUAGUUCGGGAUUGUGGUGGUCGUCAGGUGAUCUAGUUGACCAUGAACAUGGAAGUGGAGAGAACAAAGGUUGGAGCGGCACCAUUGUUGACACAAUCGAGGUUAUCAACCAAUUUUUUCCUUCACGGCUACUUCCUGUGCAGUUGGACGGCCGGACUGGGCAGGUGGCUGUCAAGAGGGAGUGGGUUUCGGGAGCAGCGACUUUUGUGGCGGGGGUUGCGCUGGGGAAAUUUUGGUUUGGAGGUGGGAGAGGGGGAGGGAGGGUGGGGUGA